CUAUCUUUCUCUCUUUUGUUUCUUUUUAUAUUUUCUGGUUGCUAUGAUUGUUAAUGAUUUGAUACAUUUGAGUUUAAGAUCAGCUUGUGUCUAUUUGAUUGUGGUGACUGUUUAAUUGUGCCAGAGAUGUCAGAAUAAGUAAUUAGAAGUGCGAAGAGAAAAAUGUAAAAUACAUAUAAUUGGGACUUGACUUGGCAUCUAAUCAAAUCAAGUUACUCAUUUGCGUAAAUUUGAGUUUUGUUAUUUUUUUCUUCAAUUGAGUCUUAGUGUGUGUGCGUUAUUUAACUGAAGCUCAUGAUGAAAAUGUUCAAAGAAGCCAGAAGUAAAUAUCGAUCGAGUUUAACAGGAUCGUGCGCAUAGAUCUAAGGUUCAGUCAAAUAAUGAAGAUGGUGAUUAUGUUGAGAUGGUUGUUACCAAUUUACCAGGAAAUGUCCCUUAUAUAUAUUUAGGAUCCGUCCUCGAUUCCAUUCUUUAUUUUUCCUCUGUCUGAACUGUUAUUUUUGCUUCUUCCAGUUAAUUACAAUUAACCUUUGUGAUUGAUUAAUUUUGUUUUUCUCCACCAACAAAUUCACCUUUACGGAAUGUUAUCGGGUUUACCAUUAACAUCAAAAUCACCAUUAUCUUCACCAUUACCACCAAUGUUUAAAUUGUUUACCUGUUUUGAUUAUUUGUUAUUACUUCUUUGACCCUUUUUGGUUUCAAACACACACACAACAUAAAAAAACAGGCAUCAGAAUCCAGUCAAAGGAACCAUUUACUAUUCUUGUUAAUCAUUUUUACUGUAAUAUUAUUAUUACCCUCUUAUCACCAGUUUUUCAUCAAGUGUCCUUUUUCAGUUGUUUACAAAUCUGAUUUCUGAACCAUCCAUAAUAACCAUAUUGUUAUUUUGAUUGUGGAAAAAAUCAUCAAAUCAUUGUUGAUCUUAUUUUCUCUAUUAAGUUGCUUCAAUCUAUUUUUAUUCAUCUCCUAAUUUGAUUAAUCAUCAGUUUACAUACAAUCAAGCUAUUUCAAUCUAUUGCUUUUCAAAAUCAAGCCAAUUCAAUCAAAGGUUCAUCUUUCCAGAGGAAACGCAAGAAACAACCAGAAAUAUUAUCACCAUUUUCACCAUCUUACUUGCAGUUCAACUGUUACUCUGGAAAUCAAAGUAACCACCACUUUAACCCUUUACCCUGCUAUCAUCUCAACCAACACCUAAACUCAACUUCAGUUGAUCUGUCUAUUGAUACCUUUUGGUUAGAUGAGUAUAACAUGAUUGAUAAUAUGAGUUUUCCCAAUGAUUUGGACUCUUCUUCACCAUUGAAUCAACCAUCUCAAGAUCGAUCAAUCACCAUUAACAAUUUUAACAACACUGACAGUAAUUACAAUGAAAUCACUGACUGGUGGUCUGAAGCUCCGUCCGCACCAAGUCCUGGUUUGGUUUUGUUUAACAGUGAAGAGCAAAGUGACUUGAUAUUCAUUGUGACCAUGGAUGAUCGAGAAGAUGAUGGACUCAAAUUUCCGGGACAUUCAUUUAUAAUCAAAGAUUCCAGUCCAAUCUUUCAGGAUAUUGUCAAUCAAAUUGGUCAACGGCAAAAAUCACCUUCCGAUUCAAAGCCAAUCAUAAAUAUUCAAUGUCGCCCGGAAACACUUCAUAAUUUAAUGAGUUACAUUUACAAGAAAGAAGUCCUUCUCAACAGUGUUACCCAUUGCUUGAGUUUACUUGAACUUUCCAUCAAGUUUAUGCUGACCGAGUUGACCAGUAUCUGUUUAACAUUCCUGUGUAACAAUGCAACGGAAUUCAAUGUACUACUUAUACUCAGUUCAUUAAGCAAGAUUGAUUUUAAGCCAUUAAAAUCAGAUAAAAAAUCAAACACCAUGUCAACCCUGAAGGAUAAACCAAUCAAUGAUAAUAAUCCAGAUUCUAAUGAAACUAGUGAUAACAAUGAUAAUUUGGGUGAAUCUGUUGUUGGAUCAAGGGUCACAAGAUCAUCUUCAAUUACCAGUGUCAUCUAUCUCAGCUCGGAAGGACAACAACCCCAAUUUGUAAAUCACAAAGUUCAUCAACAUAAUCAUGAUCUUCAUGGAUCCACUGAGAUGGUUCAAAAUCUUGUUAAUGAGCUAAUAUCACGGUGUUACUGUAUCCUUGAUGAGUUUGCUGAAUCCAUCAUUUCCUCUGAAGCCAUCUGUAACCUUGAUCGAGACCUUUUAAUGAAAAUUUUAUCUCGAGACACACUUAAAUUGCCGAAUGAAUUGGUUGCCUUUGAAGCCAUCGAAAGAUGGUCAAUAUGCCAAUGUCAACGUCAAUUGAAGGAAAUUACUGGACCCAAUCGAAUGGAAGUCCUUAAAGAUGCCAUUUACUCGGUUCGCUAUUUAACUAUGCCUUUGAUGGUUUUCAUGAGAGGACCUUUUGCUUCCGAUAUUCUCACCGAAAUGGAUAAAAAUUAUCUCCAAUCUAAACUACUUGAUCCAGAUACUCGUCUUCCUGCUUACAUGGUUGGCCGUCGAAUGGAUGUUAAACGAAAGUGGAUUAAACCCAACACCAAGUCACCAGCCCGGCCAAUUUCAACACCUUUAUCAGCACCUAAAAAGUCUACCUCACAAGCUUCCGUCUCACCGCCAUCUUCAUCUUCAUCAACUGACAAUGGCUAUGAUCGUAAAAAGAAGCCAGCAAUUAAAAAGUUUCUCAACGGAUUAGGAGAUGUAAUGAUAUUCGUUAUUCGAAUAUUUGAUUAAAUCUUUUAAGCUUAAUUUUGCCUUGGAAAAAAGCCAAACGCACUGCAAAUAUCGAUCACGUAUUUUAUAUCGGUUGUCAAAUUUCAAUCUCGACCGAUCUAUUUAUCAAGAUAAAAGCAAUUAAAAUCAUUGAAUUGGCAACAUUUGGAAAAACGAUAUCGCUAAUGCACAUGGAUUCACCUCUUGAUUUUAGCCUCAUUUUUAAGUUUAAACCUAGUUUAAUCAGUCUCCGUUCCAAUAGAUCACUUUUUGGCCUAAAUAUCAAAUUAUCUGUUGUUGUAAUGUCACUUUUCCCGCUGAAUUGUUUACUGUUAUCACUGGCAGCCUUUCAAUCAUUCACAAUGUUACCCACAAUUUUAUUCAUCAUUUUUAUCUGCGCUAUUCAAACGAUUCACUCCAUUGUUUUUUGUUGUAAUUUUUUGAAUUAUUUUAAACAGACAAAGCAAAUUGCUUAUUCUCGUAUCGUCUAUUCUCGCUUUGAUUAUCUUAAUCACUUACAUUUUAUCCUUUAAAUACUCAAUAUUCCAUUUUUUUGUGAUUGUUAUUUCUUCUUUUAAAUUACGAUUAAACAAAAAUAUAAACAUAAUGUGUAUGCA